CUGGGGACAGGGGAAGGAGUGCCAGGACCAGGGGGCAGGGAUAGAUGAGUUACUGGGACGGAAUUCUCCCCUGUGAGGGAGGUGAGGCUCAGGCACAGGUUGCCCAGAGAAGCUGUGUCUGGAAGGGUUCAAGGAUGGGCUUUAAGGUCUCUUCCAACCAAACCAUCCUGUCACUCUGGAUUUGGGAAGUAUGGCUUGGCCAAUGAAGCGAGAAACCUCUUCUUUGAUCACAGUUAGAUACUGCUUCUCUUCUGGAAGAGGGUUUGCAGAUGAGGUGUUCGUGAGUUAUAAACCUUCACUCGCUGAGGUUGCCAGCCCUGUGGUCACUGUGCUGUUACACUGUUGGCUCUGUGUCACCUUAGAUGUGCAGGCAGCCUGUCGGGUCACCACUGUCACACAGGAGCUCCUGAAAGAGGGAUUUCACAGGGACCUGCUGGUGAAGGUGGAGCUCGGGGAGGAUGCAGGAGGAUGUGCAGUGGCAGCUCAAAUGCGACUGCCACCGGGAAUCUACGUGGAUCCCUACGAGCUGGCAACGCUGCAGCAGCACAACCUAACAAAGGCAGUGUUGUUUCCUGAUGUCACUGACGUGGAGGCUCCUGAGUACUUGGCCAGGGACCUUGUCCUGCUGCUGUUCCUGGAGCGGGAGGCGCGCUGUCCCCGCUGUUUCCGCGCCGCCCUGCCCGUGCACGCGCGGUACCACCGCCCGGCCCGGGGCACAGGAGAAGCCUUGCUUGUUCUGGAGAGCCCAGAGGUGCUGCUCUGCUGCUGCCACAGUCACCUGUCUGCAGAGUGCUGGGAACCUGCUGAAGUGGACACUCCCUGCUCAUCUGACAACUCCAGUCCCUGUCAGUGGCACAGAACAAAGCACAGACCUGCAUAUGAGGGAUCAAUGCUGAGGGUUCCUGUGGGGCUCAGGGAGCACAGUUCCCUGGUGUGUGCCCUGACCCUGCUCACCACAGGGCUCUGCUCUGGCCUGAUCCUCGCUGCUGCCUGCAAGUAUGGACACUUCUCUCAGUGACCUGAGGAAAUAUGGAAUGUCUGACCUCCAUCCAGCAAAACUGUCUGCAUAUUGCACUGGAUUCCUGAAUGGAUCCUACUCUACUCUUAUUUAUAUCUUAGGGGGUGCAAGGGUCUCAUAAUGGAUUAUAGUUCCUUUGGCUCAUAAUGCUUACAAAUGCCUUCCACAGCCUAGAAGACAUUUUGGGUGUGUUGUCAAUAUCCAAAGCAGGUGGAAAGUAGGAAGCCUCAAAAGCCUCAAAAAGCUGAAAGCACUGCUGUGGGCACUGAGGCAACAAUCAGGAGUGGAUUUGGAGCUCCUGUUCCCUCCUCCUGGCCCAGAGCCUGCUUCCAAGACAGUGCUGCCUCUUAGAGAGGUGUUUGUAUUUCUUGACUCAGGGAUUGGUUAUUAAGGGUAUAAAAAACAUUAUUGAGUCAUUAAAAUUUCUGAAUUUUAAGUGAGUCAUGCAGAUGGGUUAUGUAUGAAUUUGUGAAGAGACAUUCUGUGCCUACGUGGGACACGUCAAUAAUCUCUCCCAUCCUAAUAACUGUGAGGGAUUGGCUGCUCUUGGCCAAACUAGAAUCACAGAGUCAUUAAGGUUGGAAAAGCCCUUUAAGAUCACUGAGUGGACUCAUGGACUCCUAACCCAUGUUCCCAGUGCCACAUCCACACAUCUGUUAAAUCCCUGCAGGGAUGGGUACUCCACCACUGCCCUGGGCAGCUGUGCCAGGGCUGGACAACCCUUCCCAAGAGGAACCUUUCCCAGUAUCCAACCUGAACCUGCCCUGGCACAGCUUGAGGCUGUUUCCUCUUGUUCUGUCCCUUGUUUCCUGGGAAAAGAGCCCAGCCCUCACCUGCUUCAUCUCCUGUCAGGAGAGGGGAGAGAGAGAAGUUUCCCCCAAGUCUCCUUUUCUCCAGGCUGAACAGUUGGUCAGAAUUGAAAGAGUUUAGAAAGAAAUUUAGAAGAAAUUUCACCUAUUUCAUGAGUGGGAAGAGGCUCUUAGAAGAUGGAAGUGAGGGACAGGAUAGUGACUAGAAGCAAAUAUUUAGAACAUCUACAUUCAGUCUCCAGGACAGUUGAUAAAUAGAAGGAAAUGGAGAGGAAAUUACCUAAUGGAAAAGCAGAGAGGCUCUGGAGUGGCAGAGCUGGGGUGCUGUCUCCAGUUGUCAGUAGGUGGCACUGGGAGCCCACAGUAACCCCUGGGAGGAGAAAAUAGAUUUUAUUCCUGAUGAACUUCGAGUAAAUGAGUCAAAGCAGGUAAUCUGGGUGAGUGGGUGUGUGAGAGUUCCUUUCAAGGGCUCUGUGUGCAGCCUUUCAUCGAUGUCCAGCUGUAGCCUCAGGGCCCUUAGGGCAUCUUUCUCCUGCUGGAAUUCAACAGAGUGAAUUCCACAGCAGGUUGGAAACAAUCAAAGAGAGAUUUGGGCUGUCAGCACUGGGACCAGCACUGUAUGACCUAUCUCCAAGUGGGAUGUUUAAUUGCCAGGGCUGAGUUUGUUCCUGUGCUCUGUCUUAAGCAGGUAACUCUGUUUUGUAGCCUGACCCUUGGAAUGGCAAUAUCCCAAAUUGCCAGAACUGAGUUAACACCAGCCUGUUUUUUAACACACAGUUGAAAAUCACAGAUUGAGUCCCUCAGCUAAAUCAACCUUCCUGACAAAACCUAGGGAAAGGGAAUGGGAAUGUCCUGUGGGCAAAUGAGGAAAAAUAUUGCAGGUGGUAAAAGUAUGGAAGUAAAGUAUAUGUCAAGAUUGCCAUCAAUCACUUUUUCAACUGAACCUAAGUUGAAAGUUGAUUCUGAUUAAUGUAAAAUAUGAAAGGAAUGGCAGACCUUCACAAAGUGGGGGGUUUGUUGUGGCAAAUAUUUGCUGUUUUUAAAUCCAUGGCACUUGUAUUAUAAAUAUAGCAGGCACAUUUUUCCUUACAAGCUGUAAAUAAGUCUGCUAACCAUAGCAGUGUUAAUUAAAAAGGAAUUUGCCAGUGAAUCAAUCUCUCAGAGCAGAAACUGCUGUCACUAAGCCAGCACAGAAUGUAGCAGGUGUGCCAUGCAGGAGGAUUCAAGUGCCAGCCCCAGAGGGAUAACAGAGAUCAGAGGAGGAACUGUAAGGCCUGUGCAAAAAUUCUGGCAGUUUUGGAGACAGGAAUGAGGUGUUCAGGAGUUCUUGGCAAGAAAAUGCCACCAGAAGGGUUGGACACAAACAUCCCCAUCCUUAAUGUGUGUAAGGACUGAAUCAGAGCAGGGAAAGGAAAGGGGAUGGGGUGUUACAAGCUGUGUUGGGAAUUAAGGCUUUCUGAAUCAUAAAGAAAUGGGUAUAACAACAAAAAAAAAGCCAACUAAAAACCCCUUUUAGUUCAUUUAAAAUGUGUGCUUGAGGAGACAGAUGGGUGGGAGGGGAGUCAGGAAUCUGCACAUGGGGCUGGAGCUGGGAGGGGCUGGGGGUACGAGGCUGAGGAGGGAUGGAGAGUAAAGCUGAGGAAAGGGGGAAGCCACAAAGCUGCUGUGGAUUCUCCAGGGGUGUUGCAGAGGUGGAUUAGCAGUGGCUGAGUCAGAAAGGGAAAGCAGCAAACAUGGAAAGAGAAGUGAAAGGACAGCUGUGCUUGCAGGGGAUUGGAGCAGAGCCAGCUCAGCAAAGCAGAAUCACUUGUGAAUGCCAUUCCUGGAAAAUGGGCACAUCUGCAGGGACAAGAGUUUUGUGGGGAGUGAGGGAGCACUGGAACCCACAAGCUGGAAAUUCAGAUGUGCCUGGACCUGCCCAGAGGAUUGAGGUGUCUGUGGAUCCUUUCCCCCAAGAGCUGGGGAAGAGGAGCUGCCUGCUGUGUGUCCUGCUCCUUCCAAAGGGAAAAUGGGGUGUUGCUCCAAACCUGGGCAGGUGGAAGCUUGGAGAAAUCCCACGGAAGAUGAAAUGGAUCACAGGGAUUUUGGGGGAGAAGCCUUGAGAGCACAUAGACUGCUUUCCCAGCUGUGUUCCUACUGGAUUUCUUGGAAGCUGCAAAUCCACCUGGGGCCUUGUGCUGUGACCAGUGAUGGGACCCCUGCACUGGGGGGGCUCUGAGAAGGACCCGAGGGGUUGGUGGGAGGAGGUGG